AUGGAUAAAUUCCGUAUGAUGUUCCAGUUUUUGCAGUCCAACCAAGAAUCCUUCAUGAAUGGCAUCUGUGGGAUUAUGGCUUUAGCCAGCGCGCAGCUGUACUCAGCUUUUGAGUUUAGCUGCCCCUGUCUGCCGGAGUAUAACUAUGCAUAUGGGAUCGGAAUUUUAGUAAUCCCGCCAGUUUGGUUUUUCAUACUUGGGUUUGUGUUGAACAACAACGUUUCGAUGCUGACGGAAGAAUGGAAGCGGCCAGCCGGGCAGCGUGGGAAAGACCCGACUGUCCUGCGGUACAUGUUAUGUUCAAUUACGCAGCGCUCUUUGAUAGCGCCGGCGGUUUGGAUAUCAGUGACACUGAUGGAUGGGAAAAGUUUCCUUUGCGCGUUUAGCAUCAACUUGGACGUGAAUCGGUUUGGGAAGCGAAGAAAUCACAGCCUCUCAGAAGGGGAACUCGUAAGACUGCUGGCCAAAAUUCCAUGCGAGCACAUAUUUGACGGUCACGAGGUUAUAUCACGAGAAGAGACCUCCAGGUAUAUUCGCUGUAUAUCACAGGCGUUUGGUUGGACCUUCUUGCUGCUGCUGACUGUCAUUGCCUUCAUGAUCAGAGCGAUCAGACCGUGUUUUACUCAAGCAGCUUUUCUGAAAACCAAGUAUUGGUCCCACUACAUCGACAUAGAGCGCAAGAUGUUCGAUGAGACAUGCACGGAGCACGCAAAAACCUUCGCCAAAGUGUGCAUCCAACAGUACUUCGAGAGCGCCAGCGGUGAGAUGCGCCCCUUCCAUCACCACCGUUAUGAGGACUCUGACAGCGACGACGAGGACAAGCAUAAGACCGACGAGGACAAGCUCCUGGGCAUCAGGGCCCAAGAUGACAUCAACAAAGUUCUCUGGAACUGGCAUGCCUGUAAACCGCCUCUCAAACUGAAGAAAGAGGAUGACCUUCUUAAUGGAGAUGCCAACGGAAAUGGUUUAAUGAACGGCUAUGCUCACCCAACACUAAAGAAAGAGUGGGCUACUUACUACAGUGAAAUUUGA